AUGCGGCGGUGGAUGUUGGUAGCGCUGGCGCUGCUUGCGGCGUCUGCGCAUGCGCCGGCGUCGGCCGAGAGCGACCCCGAGCUGCUGGCGAAGGGAGCCGAGGCGCUGCGGCUGAUACGGCGCCGCGCUGAGAGGUUUCCCGAUCGGCCGGAGGCGCGCAUCUACAAGGGCACCCUGGCCGACCCCGGCAUGUACCCUUACGCCGCGUUCGCCGCCGUCUUCGGGCGCGCGUGCUCCUCCACCAUCGUAGACCGCAGGUUCGUGCUGCUCACCAGGAUGUGCACCGACGCAAGGCCGGACGACGGUAUCGUGAUGGCGGGCGGCACGGAGUUCACGACGAUCCAGGACCUGACGCCGCCAGAGGUGCAGAUCCGGCAGAUCCAGCGGUGGUGGGUCCACCCGUACCGGCACGUACUCUGGCACGACAUCACCAUCGCGCGCCUCUUCGCACCCUGGGUCUUCGGGGAGUUCGUCGCCACGCUGCCCAUUCCCGACCAGCACACGUGGGGCAGCGGCAAGCUGACGUGCGCCAUGAUAGGCUUCGGCGAGGCGGUGGUGGGCGACCGCCAGCACCUGCUCCACUAUGUGGCGCUGGAGAUGCGCGACUACGGGCCGUGCCAGGAGCUCGCCUCCGCCAUGGGCAUCCCCAUCGGCGAUAACUCCUUCUGCACCACCAAGACCAAGAAGGCGUCCAUGUGCGAGGGGGACUCCGGCGGGCCGGUCAUGUGCCGAGGGCAGCUGUACGGGAUCAACUCAGACAAGAUUCCGAAGGGGCCGAAGCUGAUCCGCGAGUGCGGCGAGAAGGUGCUGUGCAACUACUACAUGUACCUGGGCUACUACAAGGGCUGGAUAAACCGCAUCAUCUACAACAACACGCUAACAGACACAGACUCCACGCUGCUGCCCACCAGACACCCCAUCAUCCAUGGGGCGAAGGGUGCGAUAAGGGCUGCAGCAGCUGCCACUGCAGCGUGUCCCCUGCUAGUGAGUGUCGGGCUGCUCCUGUGUCCGCACAAAUAAA